UAGGUGUCAUAUGGAAGAUGGCGGCGUCCAGGGGAGGCUGAGGGCUCUGGGAGCGUGGUGAAAGGUUUCCGUACAGCCCCAGCGGCUUGCGGCUUAGGGAUUUUUUCGCUGUUUCCUGCUUUCUGGUUUCGCUGCGCGUGUCCUCCCAGGUCCCGCGGCGCGAUGUGGAGGAGUUGCCUUCGGCUGCGAGGCCGUGGGCACUACCUCCUGAACCGGCCCCCUAGUGACCCUAUCAUCUCAGCGAGUCCGGGGCCAAGUCCCCAGCCCCCGGUCCGGACCUACGCUCCCCCGACAGAAAGGAAGAGGUUUUAUCAGAAUGUCAGCAUCACACAGGGUGAAGGUGGCUUUGAGAUAAAUCUGGACCACAGGAAGCUGAAAACUCCCCAAGCCAAGCUCUUUACGGUCCCCAAUGAGGCCUUGGCUAUCGCAGUGGCCACCGAAUGGGACUCCCAGCAGGAUACCAUCAAGUUCUACACCAUGCACCUGACCACAUUGUGCAACACAUCCUUGGACAACCCAACCCAACGCAACAAGGAUCAGCUGAUCCAGGCAGCUGUGAAGUUUCUGGACACUGACACCCUCUGCUACAGAGUGGAAGAGCCAGAGACAUUAGUGGAACUUCAAAAGAAUGAAUGGGAUCCAAUCAUAGAAUGGGCCGAGAAAAGAUAUGGUGUGAAGAUUGGCUCCUCCACCAGCAUAAUGGGACCUAGCAUCCCUGCACAGACGCAGGAGGUGCUCACCAGCCACCUGGCAUCUUACAACAUGUGGGCCUUACAAGGGAUUGAGUUUGUAGUGGCCCAACUCAAGUCCAUGGUGCUGACCUUGGGUCUGAUUGACCUACACCUGACUGUGGAGCAGGCUGUGCUGCUGUCACGCCUAGAGGAGGAAUACCAGAUCCAGAAAUGGGGCAACAUUGAGUGGGCCCAUGAUUACGAGCUGCAGGAACUGAGGGCCCGUACUGCUGCUGGCACCCUCUUCGUCCACCUCUGCUCCGAGAGCUCCACGGUCAAGCACAAGCUCCUGCAGGAGUGAGGCCUGGACUACUGGAUGGAGCCUGCCGUGUUCACAUUUCCCCAGCCUGGGACAUCUCGGCCCACACCUACAGGGCUCCCCUCACCUUUGGGGCUUAACCUUGCUCGGCAUCACCCUGAGAUGUCCCCGAGACACACAGUGAUUGUCUGAAGGUCAGCCUGAUUGCAACCUGGGGGGCCCCUGACCUAGCCAGCUGUGAGUGAGGGGGAUGAAUUGUACAAAUGACUUUCUCUUGAUCCUGAGUUUAUUAAAAAUUUCUUCACCCA